AUGACUGCUGCACCUUCCGACAAUGAGCUCCUAGCUCUUCUGUCCCAACUCACAACAGCGGAGAAAGUGUUACUUCUUUCAGGAAAAAGCACUUGGGAGACUCCUGAAAUUGAGCGUCUUCAUGUUCCUUCACUUAAGGUUUCAGAUGGCCCAAAUGGCGCAAGAGGAGCCCAAUUCACGGACGGUACCACCGCAGCAUGCUUCCCAGCUUGUGUCUCCUUGGCAGCUACGUUCAACCGUAGCCUUGCUAGGCAGAUCGGCGUCGCCCUCGGAGAGGAAACCCAAACCAAAGGCGCAUAUGUCCUUCUUGGCCCGACAGUCUGCCCUCAUCGGUCACCUUUAGGGGGUCGCAAUUUCGAAUCGUUUUCCGAGGAUCCCUUUCUCACUGGAGAACUCGCCUCUGAGUAUGUUGUGGGACUGCAAAGCCAGCGUGUUGCGGCGACUGUGAAGCACUUCGCCAUCAAUGAGCAAGACACUCGGCGAUUCACCGUCAACGAGACGGUAUCAGAGCGAGCGAUGAGAGAGAUUUAUCUCCGCCCCUUCGAGAUCGUUGUCAAAAAGGCUGAUCCAUGGUGUAUCAUGACGAGCUACCCCAAAGUCAACGGUGCCUACGUCGACGACCAGACCACGUUUCUGAAAGACAUCCUCCGCGAUGAGUGGAAAUUCAAAGGGCUGGUAAUGACCGACUGGGGUGCCGCUUCGGCUGCUAUAGCGAAUGGUAUUCGAAAUGGUCUCGAUCUUGAAAUGCCGGGACCACCGCACCGGAGACAACCUGCUGUGGUACACAAGCUCAUUGAGGACGGAAAGGUUGACGUCAAAGACAUUGACGACCGUGUGCUACCUCUUCUCAAGCUCCUACGCCAGACUGGCAAAUUCACCGACAGGAGAGAACCCGUCCCGGAGCGCGCCAUCAGCCGUCCGGAGCAUGAGAAGCUUAUUCGUGAAGCUGGCGGGGAAGGCGUGGUUCUGCUGAAGAACUCUGACGGCGCUCUCCCUCUUAAGCCAUCUCAUCUCCAAAACAUCGCCGUGCUUGGGCCUCUUGCAAAACAUGCAGCUGCCCACGGAGGCGGUAGUGCAUCAUUGAACUGUCAUUACAAGAUCAGCCCUUUUGAUGCUAUCAAGUCACGCCUCCCUGAUAGUAAACUGUCAUACUCGAAGGGAGCCCACGUCUUUCGUGCAUACCCUGAUUUUGUUGCCGUAACACGAAACCGAUUGGGCAAUCCUGGCUUCGCUGCGGACUUCUAUGAAAACCUGGAUCUCACUGGAGAGCCGUUUUAUACCGAGGAGUACCCUAGAGGAAGCUUCAUGACUCUCAUGAAUGAAAAUGUUGUCACUGCAAAGUCCGCGAGACUUAGCACCGCAUACAGCCCGAACGUAAGCGGAAAGCACUACCUCAGCUUCUCGGGUAUGGGUCCUGCCCGACUUUUCAUCAAUGGCGAGUUUCAAGGCGAGAUCAAAGAAACAGCAGAGGCAAUGUCUUUCCUUCUAGGCGUACAGGAGGAGCGGCAUCUUCAGUAUGAUUUCGUUACAGGAAAGACUUACGACAUUGUCAUUGAAUCAACAAUUUCGCCAGUUCCGAACGCAGAGCUGUAUCUUGCGGAUGAUCAGAUCGCGGUACAUCUUGGAUUCGUCAGUCAACAGGAGAUGGAAGCCGAUGUACUGUCUGAAGCGGUGAGCUUCGCAAAAGACGCUGAUGUUGCCCUCAUCUUUGUCGGAAACACUCCACAAUGGGAAACCGAAGGCCAGGACAUGGCCACUAUGACCCUCCCAGCUGAUGGCUCCCAAGACAAGCUGAUCGCUGAGGUCGCCAAAGUCAACCCCAACACCAUUGUGGUUAUUACCACGGGAGUCCCAGUAGAGCUGCCAUGGCUUGAAAACGUCGCAUCUGUCGUCCAGGCUUGGUAUGGUGGGCAGGAAACUGGAAACUCAAUCCUUGAUGUGCUUCUUGGCGAAGUCAAUCCGAGCGGCAGACUUCCCAUGUCUUGGCCCAAAAAGAAUGAACACACAGCGUGCUACGGCCACUUUGGACUCGACAGCUGGGACAGCAGAGAGGUGGAGUACGUCGAGGGUGUCAACGUUGGCUACAGGCACUUCGAUUCUCAGUAUGGCACAGAGCAAGAAGUCCUGUUCCCAUUCGGUUAUGGCCUGAGCUACUCUACAUUUGAGCACUCGGCCUGCGCCUUAUCGGGCACCCUUGACGCAAACGACGAGAAUGCCAAGAUUACUGUCGCUGUCACAGUACAUAACACCAGCGACGUCGCAGGGUCUGAGGUAGUGCAAGUCUACGUGACGCCCCCGAAAUCACGGACCGGAGUCGAGAGGCCGCCGAAGGCUCUUGUCGCGUUCGAGAAGAUCCAUUUGAAUCCUGGUGCACAGAAAGAUAUUCAAUUGACUUUCAAACAAGAUGGCGCUGCGUUCUGGUCCGAGGCUAGGAAACUGUGGGAAGUAGAGGCGGGUGAGCAUGAGGUGCAUGUCUCGACAAGCUCCUCCCCACAAGAUAUCAAGUCAACGCUGGUGUUGGGUAUUACAAAAGGCUUCACAUUCCAUCCUUGA